GUGUGUUGUGGCGCUUCGUAUUUACCUGUUGGAUUGCACUCAACUCGCCGCUAUUUUGCUGUAAUUGCCGUGUUUUGAGUUCCUUUGCUACUGCUCGAGGGUUGGUUUCUUGAGCUGAUAGCUGCGGGAGAGGCAGCUUCGCCAGAUGUGACUUGUGAGAGAGAGAAAUAAAAGCCACGAUGGUGGAUCUGGGUGGGGGACCCAGAGAACGUUUCCAAAGUCUCACGACAGAUGAAACUGAGGAGGUUCUGCCUGCCGUAUCAACAGUGGGAUAUUACUCACACACAUACAAUGUGCCUCGUUCCUCGCCAUGGAGACAUGCCGCUCAAAACCAGGAUCCUGUCUCCAGACACAACCUUCUUGAAGCUAUGCACAAUGACCUCAUUCAAAUCAAAAGUGACCCAGAGACAGUGUCACGGCUAUGCACCAGCACUAGCUCAUUGUCAUCCAUCCCAAGUGCCAUCAUGUCAUCCAUGGAGGCAGCAGAGGAUGUCAGAGCCAAGGGUCAGUUGCUGCAGGAAAUCACCCGAGAGGCAGAGACUUUUGAGCGGUACAGUCCGUCCCCUGCCCCAGUUGGGUGUUACCGCAGCUAUAGCCUUGCACCAGAGCCUCAACAAGCUGCUGAUGCUGAAUACAUAUGCACAUUCGCAGAUGCACCAGAGUGGUCAUGGAGUCGCACCAGCACCCCAGGAGAGGAUAGGGUUCCUGUGGGGUCAACCGGGAGUGGAACUCUCAUUGUGACAUCAGGCACCACUAAUGAAACAGUCAUUGGUUCCCUCCAGUAUGCUGUUCCAUCGCAUCUUUCCCCUGAUGCAUUUUCAGCUCUUCCUUCCAUAUCAGUUGCUCAGCCACCAGCCUCCACUCCAUCACUGUCAGGAUCACCUAUGCAACGGCCCCUACCUGCUCCGUCCACAUUAACCUCAUCAGCUCUAGAUUUAUCCCCAAUGACACCCUCUCCAGUUGCACACCAACUCCCAUCCCUUCAGCCUUCCCUCAUCAAUGCCACCUCAUCCCACCUCACAACAGUCACUGCUCCCCCCUCUGCCCACCAGCUUCCCCCCCUGCAACCCUCCCUCACAAGUUUGGACAUGGCAGCACAUGCACUCACCUCUCACCAUGCUCUGGAAGGCACCCUUGACCUGGUAGGUGUGGAAGGAGACAGCAGCAAUACCCAGGAUGUCCCAGCUGAUUUUGAGCCAGGGCAUGAGUGUAGCCACUGUGGAGUGCUGUUCACAAGGCUCUCACACCUCAAACAGCAUAUGAAGAUUCAUAUGGAAGAGCUGAAUAUUGCAAACGCAAAAGAAGAUGGGUUGAUGUUUUCCUCUGAGUCACAAGACCUGAGAAAAACACAGAGGCAAGAAUCUCCUGAACAGCAAUACACUUGUAAACAGUGUGGAGAAAUAUUCCAAAGAGCUGAGCGAUUGAAGAUUCAUGAACUGAACCAUUCAGGAGAAAGGCCUUUUAAGUGUAAUGAGUGCACUGCUGCCUUUACUGCAAAGGCCAUGUUGAUACGGCACAAAAAGGUACACACUGGGGAAAAGCCUUAUUCUUGUGAUGAAUGCAAGACUUGUUUCACCGAGUCUGGCAGUCUGAAGGUUCACAAGCGAAUGCACAGUGGGGAGAAACCCUUCAAAUGUGACCAGUGCGAUGUGGCUUUUAGCGGAGCAGGAAUGUUAGCCACUCACAAGAGGAAGCACACAGGAGAGAAGCCCUACAUGUGUAACGACUGUGGGGAAACCUUCCGCCUCCUGUCCACGUUAAAGAGUCACAGAAGGAGACAUACAGGGGAAAAGCCCUUUGUGUGUGAGAUUUGUGAUUCAUCCUUCACACAGCGGGCAGCUUUGCAGAGACACAAGCGCAUCCAUUCUGAUCAAAAGCCUUGGGUGUGUGACCAGUGUGGCUUCAAAUUCAGGGAGAAAGAGAACCUGAGAAAGCACAUUGCCCUCCACAAGAUCAAGUCUCAACAUAUGUGCAAUGUAUGUGGAGCAGGUUUCAAACAAGCCAAGAAAUUGGAGACUCACAAGAUGCUGCACAAUGGAGGUGAUCGUCCCUAUAGGUGUAAUAAGUGUCCUUCCACAUUCACUAAUCCAAAAUACUUGACACAGCACAAAAAACGAGUCCAUAACAGAAAAGAUUCUGUCAUUCAGUGUGAUGUUUGUAAUGCUACAUUCAAGAGAAAAGAGACAUUAAGAUCACAUGUGCGUAUUCACAAGGGGGACAAGGGUGAUGGUGUUUAUGUAUGUGGUGAGUGUGGUGCGACCUUCAAUCAGAGAGGAACACUGACAAAACACAUCAGAAUCCAUAUUGCAUCUCGUGAAGCCAAGGACAACAAGAGUAAUGUGUUUGAGUGUAAAACAUGUGCUAAAAGCUUUCAUGAUAAAAAAGGUCUUGAUCAUCACCUUGAAAGUCAUUUCCUUGAAAAUGCAAAUGCAGAGGAUGUUGCAUACAGUUGUCCAAUAUGCCACCAAGGCUUUUCUAGCCAGAGGAGCCUUGUGAAGCACAAGAGGGCAAAUCACCCAACACAGAGAAGUGCAAGUAAAAUAGCCCUUGACCAGGAUGCUGAUGAUAGCACUGUGCAUAUUAGAGAUAAGUACAUAUGUGAAGACUGUGAUCAAACAUUUUUCAGGAGAAGGCAACUAAAGGCUCACAAGGAGUUUUGCCCAUGCAGAAGUUCCUCUCCCCAGCCAGAAUCUCCAGAAGCACUCACUGAGAGCACACCACCUCUUCAAAAUGACUCCAAGGAAGUGGAUGCCAUGAAGCUGCUGACAGCUGUCUUGGCUGUAACUAGUGCAGACACAAGUGAUAAUGUCAACUGCCAGCAGUCACAUGCAAGAGGUUCCUCACCUCCACCUCUCCUCUCUCAUCCUCCAUCUCAUUCAGUACAUCGGUAUCCAUCCCCCAGUGUUAUAACUACUCAGGAUUCUCUCUUCCACCAGACCCCACAGCAUCACACUCACCAGUUGCAGCAGUCAUUCCCACAAACUUCUGUACAGCAGCUUUCCCACCAGGAACACAUGCAGCAACCUUCACAUUCUCAUCUCCAGCAGCAGUCACAACAGCUAGAUCAUCUCCAACAGCAUGCAAGACAACAGGGACACAUGCAGCAGCAGCAACAGUCUCAGCAGCAUGGCCAUAUGCAGCAGUUACAGAGACAACAAAGUCAGCUGCAACAGCCUUCACAGCAUGAGCUUCAGCCCUCAACUAGACAACAAACUCAUCUUCAUCACAGCCAGUUGCACCAACAGGUGGAACAAGAGACUCACAUUCAACGCCAGAAUCAUGUACAUCAUCAUCACCAUUUACAAUUCAGUCAUGAUGUGCAGCAGCAGUUCUUCAAGCCAUCCUCACUAUCCUUAUCAACUCAGCAUCACAAUCAUCAGCAACAGGAAGACAUCCUUUCACAGCACAGUGCCAGUCUAAACAUUCCCCAAGAUCUUGACGAAUGCAGCCACUCCCAUGAAUCUGGCCAUACACAGCAGCACCAUCUCCACAGCCACCUUGACCAGUCCAGCCUUGAAGAGCACAACACCAACCUCAAACACCAUCACAAGCACCAUCACCUGCACUAAUUUCAUAAGUUAUAGUGUCUGUUAACCAUCCCAAUUGUUAGUGUACUGUCAUUCUACAGUGCACAUAAAUAUCAGUGCCUGUUUAUAACAAUAGUAAUGGAAAAUAUUGUUAUAUUUUCAGUGUGAUAUAGCUACUGGUACAUCUUGUUUAUGGUGACUGCACCACAUAGCUACUAGGGAAGAAUACUUUGAUGUUCUUCAAGUCUAUUCAUAGUUUCUAGUUGACAAAUGAAUUAAAAACAUGAAGAGAAAAGGCUUUCUUUAUGGUAGAGUUAUAUUUCUUCCUGACAUUUUUUUAGGAAUUAAGAUUGACUCUAUGAGUUAAUCUACACACUAGUAGUGACUGAAUUAUUAUUAUUAUAGUGACCAGUAUGUAAUAAUUAGAAAGUGCAUUUCAACCGGCAGCUAUCCAGUCAGUAUAAUUGAAAUAAUGAAAAUGCAAUUGAAAACUUUAAAGAGUGGUUAUUUUAAAACUGAUUACCAGUAAUAGUUAGGUUAUCGUAUUUCAUUGGUCUUAAUCAUUAUCACUACUUUUAUCAUUAUCAUCGGCAGAAAAGGCAGUAGUAGUAGUUAUUUUGCUAUUGCUGUUAUAUGUAUAUA